GCGGCAUGAUGUCAUUCAUCCUCACGCACUCACACACGUAACCCGUGUCGCGACCGUGUUUACCAAGUGACCGAGUGUCUGUGAUUUAUUUAUUCUAAUUAGUUAGUUAGAAUGGCCAAUAACCGCGCAGCCAAGUCUGGCUUUGCCGCCGAAGCCCAGCGUAAGAUUAACAGCAAAUACAGUGAGGAGCUCGCGCAGGAAUGCCUGGAAUGGAUCCGACAGAUCACCGGCGAGCCGGAGAAUGUGUCCGGGGACAUGGACAACUUCUACGAAAUACUCAAGGACGGGACCCUGCUUUGCAAGCUAGUCAACACCAUCCAGCCGGGUCAAGUUAAAAAGAUCAACGAGUCAAAGAUGGCGUUCAAAUGCAUGGAGAACAUAAACGCCUUCCUGGAGGCCGCGAGACAGCUCGGAGUACCUGCUCAGGAGACCUUCCAGACGGUUGAUCUGUGGGAGCGACAGAACCUUAACUCCGUUGUGAUUUGCUUGCAGUCACUUGGCAGAAAGGCCCACAACUACGGCAAGCCGUCCAUCGGGCCCAAAGAGUCCGAGAAGAACGUGAGAAACUUCUCAGAGGAGCAACUGAGGGCCGGCCAGGGGGUCAUAUCGCUACAGUACGGCUCGAACAAGGGCGCCACGCAGAGCGGCAUCAACUUCGGCAACACGAGGCAUAUGUAGGCAGUUAACGUGUUGUUUAUAUGGUAAAACGGAUUACUUAUAGCAACAGAUACAUUGAUUAAGAUGCGUAAAAUCUAGGACAAUUUCGUGUCGAAUUUGACAGGUAAACGCGAGAUGGCGCUGUACAACUCUAUACAUUUUGCGGCAACUCGGAUUGGCAAAAGUUGACGUUUGACAAUUCAGUGACCGCGAAACAUAAUGGCGCAAUACAGCGCCAUCUGGUUUUGGAUGUCAAACUAAGGGGCACGUUUUUUUUAGACUUUACCUCUCUGUUACAAUCAAUUAUCUUUGCUUAUAAAUGUAAUUUUGGUAAAUAGUCAGGAGCUUCUAGGCUACCCUUUUUCAUCUUAGUGUUUUUUCGGCUGCAUCCUUUAAAGGGGAGUCUAGGAGUCGGCAAAGUCGAGAAGAGCCAACCGCAAUUGAUAUCACCAGUUUUAAGAAUCCAUAGACCGGUAAAUGUUGUUUUCAGUGGUCUAAGAGCUCUUAAGUAUGUAAUCUCAUAUACCUAUGCUCAUAAUUGUUUGAUGGGUAACUCAAAUCAAAGAGCCGCAAAAGCAGGUACCUCGAAAGAGCCGUGGUAUGCCAACCCCUACGCUAGACAACCUAUUCCAAAAUUUGGCGCAGUUAUUAUUACGAGAGUGACUGCUAUAAAUCUUUCAGCUCAGUGGGAAAAUUUUAAAUGAGCCUAUAACACUGUGUUUUUACGUAACAAACGUUUUACCAUAUAAACUCUAAGCUAUUUAUAUCUAAAGGAUGAUUAGCAUUAAUUAAGACUUGGCUGGUGCGUUGUUUUCCAUGGAACUCUAUACGUUACUAGAUUGUAAAAUGCAUCAUCUGGUGCCUACGAUACAUUUACAUAAAUGGCACUUGUGUGCGAGUAAUGACAGGAUAAACAGUAGGAAAUAGUGUUCUAAUUUUAAAUGUAUUUACUAAGAACUUCUAGAAAACACGGCACCGCGCUGCGUUUUCACGCAAUCGAGCAGAGCCUAUGUGAAAAGUUUUCUUCAAAACUAAAAAUGCGAGCAUUUGUAACCUUAAAGCUAAUCAUCCUUUCAUACACCAUACAUACAAUUUAAAAUGUAACAAGACACAAAUUAAUUGCACUAGAGAUUUCAUUAAUAGACUACAUAGUUAGAUUAGUAAACAAAAUGUUGUCUUAGAAGACUUGACGGUGGACCAUUUUCGUCGUUUCUCUAAAAUCUCGAGUUUAGAAUCUCUGCGUGUUGUAAAACUGAAUUUCGGUUUAAAAUUAACAUUCUAUUUUUUUAAGCGUUUUAUCUAUGAUAUACAUAUUUAUCAUUCCCAAGUCAUUCCAUUUUGUGGAUUAUUUUUAUACCAUAGGUGUAUUUGUUGAGAUCUUUUGUUAAAUCUGACUUUGACUACCUAGUAUUAUAUACGAAUUUAAGACAUUUUAAAAUUGGCUUAGCUUUUUACUUAAUAAUUAAAUAAUUUAGCAUUGUGCCAAUGUUUCUUCCAUUUUAAAGUUUCUGCUUACCAUGCAAUAACUUCAAAACUAUAAUAAAUCGAAUUUUGCAUUUAUUGAAUGUGCCUUCGUGCUCCGAAGGAGCCAAAAACUAUUGAAAAGAUGUCUAUAAAAUUUAUAAAUUUGACUUAUACGUAUAUCAGGGUUUCCUUGUUUAUUUAUUAAUUAUAUCAAGUAAUCAUUCCACAAUUUAGACAUAUUAAUAAGUACCUACAUUAGUACAUACUGUGAUUAAUAUUUUUUUAUGGACAUUCUUCUAUAUAUUUUCGUAUUGCGUACUGGAAGACGUUAGACUAAGUUUCAUCUUAACAAAAGUAGGUACAUAUACUACAUAGCUGUAUGCAGUACGUGGAAUAAAUAAGUACUUAAAGUA